AUGCUACAUGACGGGAGAUGUCCACGGUCAGGGUCAAGGGUCAUCAUGCUCCCGAACACUCGGUCAAUAAAACGACAACGAGCUCAGCCGCUCGGCGUAAACGACCGAUACUUGUACGGGCCCGUGCCGUGGCUACAUAUGAUCGGUAGUUUGCGCGCGGCCGUGCAUGUUCGCAGUACCUUUCCCCCGAGGAGCCGCCCGCGCGCCGUAGCCUCCCUCGUACCCUCCGUACCCGCCGUAGUCUGCCCGACACACACACAAAGCCAUUAG